CACCUGACCACCAGCCAGACGACGAUGCCGAUGCUGAAGAAUUACGACACGCUGACCCUGAACUACUGGACGCUGAGCUUCAACAACAACAUCCUCACGAAUACAGAGGGCCAGCACAGGCAGGAUCACACCAUGCGGCCCAUGAAUUGCCACCAGUGGAACAAUUGCACGCUGAACGUGACUUGCCACUUGGACUACUACCCCCACACCCACGCUGCGAAGGACUACUGGACGCUGAGCAUCAAUCCCAACAUCAUCACGAACAUACAGGGCCAACACAUGCAGGAUUACGACACGCGGACCCUGAACGACUGGACGCUGAACGUCAAUUUCAACAUCUUCACGAACACAGAGGGCCAGUACGUGCGGGACUGGACGCUGAGCUACAUCUCCAUGAACACAGAGGGCCAGCACAUGAAGGAUUACGACACGCUGACCCCGAGCUACUGGACGCUGGACCACUACCUACACACCCAGCUCGCGAAGACUACUGGACGCUGA